CAGCUGUUGCCAGUAUUCCGGUGCAGGUCCCGUGUGCACGCACAGUUCACACAACCACACUUCACACAUCCGCCGGCGUAUCGCUCCUCUCGUUCCGUCCCUUUUUGCAUUUUUUUUCGCCCGAGAUUCGUCAUCAGUGAUCAUGGCUACAUACGCUGCCUACAGACACAUCGAGUUGGACAAGGUCGGCUACGGAAAGAAAAGGGUAUGCAAUCGCUCCAGUGAAAUUUUCAACGUGCUGUGCACUCCGCCGGCCGAGGGAAAGACCAACGGAAACGGUACUCCCAGACGAUCUUCCACCCACAACGAUUCGUUCACCCGUCUCUUCGGAACGCCGGAAGUUAAGAAAAUCGCACCGAGAAGAGCUUCUUUGCCCAAACAAGAUGUUAACCACCGUAAUUGCGUAACUGGAAACGGGGUGGAAUCUUGGGACAGCAAGCCUAACAAAUUGAACACUCCAAGGAUUCACAAAGAGAGGAAUCCGGUGACUGGUGAGAAAUACACCAUUAUCAGCCCAGCGACUACCCCAACUAAACCCAUGCAGAACGGAUUCGCACACUUGAACGGAUCUUCCACCCCGGUCCAGAACGGCAAAGCCCCCACACAGAACGGAAGCGCACCGGCUAUGAAUGGAAACGGCAACGUAGAAAACGGAAAUUAAGUUAACCACGCCACCGAAUUGACUUGUUUAUUUUCAAAAUUGUUAAAUUUAUUUAUCCUAAAUUAGAUUUUGUUAAGCGAUUUUUAAAGUACAAUUUUGAAACUAAUGCAUUUACUAAAGAUUCCCACGUCAUUGUUCACGUCAUUUUGAGUUAAUCCAUCAGUUCAUGUUUAUCUUUAACAUUUCCAAACCAAAUUUUAUAUUGUAAACUUAAAUAUAUAGGUAAUAUAUUAUAUAUUCUUAAGUAAAUUCAAGGAAAUUGUUACGACUCAUUUUACUAAUAUUUUAACAUACAUCUUUUUGUCAAUUAUGUGUUACUAUUGUGUUUCUCGUAUCAUCAGUAACAAUUUCCUGCAUUUAGCACUAAUAAAUAUGAAAUUCUAUUUAUGAAGUGCGUAGCAUUAGUGCUCCUUUUCCUUUUAACAUAUCCAUUGAAUCAAAACUAUUUGGCCUUAUUUAUUUAUAUUAAAGAUAGUUUAUAAUGUAUAAUCAUAUUCAUAUAAGUAGAACUAUAUUCAUACACCAGUUUGCCUUUUAUUUAAUAUUAUCAUGUUUAUAAUUUUAACAAUAACGAACCUAUAUACUUAGACGUUAGAAUGUUACGUUGUAGGUAAUAAAUAAAUCUUUUAUACUACA